CCAGAGACUUCUGUGACGCCUCGUGCCAAGUUACUCUGCAGUGCGAAGCGCAUGAGCUCCAAAAAUUCUUCUUCACGGUGGCGUGCGAGCUUCUGCUGGGGCGUGAGACGUGCCGCGGGUACGGCUUCGGCCUCCUUGGAUGCGGACACCUUGGCCUUGGCUGCCUUGGGCUUAGCCGUAGCCUUGGCCUUCUUGCCGCGGAUCGCUACCAUCACUCUUGCAACAAUAAAGAAUAAAAACGGAAGUGAAGAGGCUGAAGAAGCUUCUGGGCUGGGUGAUUUGGUUUCAGUAUGCACAGAUGCAAAUCCAGGAUGUUAAGACAGUACCGUGCAUAUUUUAAUACAAGCCUCUUUCUUCGCUGGACCAGAACGCGGAUAGCAUUAAGUGCGAUCUCGGUGGUCGGCGACGCUUCAAGAUACAAUAAUUGCGAUGGUAAAGCUGAGAGCCGCGGGGGGCGGGAAUUGGUACAAAGAAGACGGUUGGCCGUGGCUGAGGAUUAAAGAGCAACAUAGUGGAGAAUCCAAAAGCAGCCUGGUGUUGGACAAAUGUCUGCUGCGCAAGGGAAGCUGGAAGGAGCUUGAGGUGGAACUGCAAGGCCAUAAGAGGGGAAUCAUCAGUUUUGAACUGUGGGUUGGUAGGUCCAAAGCGACAGAUUUCCUGCAGUUUGUCAUGGGGUGGAACGUGGACUUGGCUCAAUGGAUUCAGUCCGGUGGAGCAAAACGAUGGUAUGGGAUCCAAGCGAGCAGCCAAGAUACUUCAAGUGAAGUGGCGAAGGGGCCAGAGCUGUGUGAAAAUGAGACAGAGUUGCAGAGUUCUGCAGCUUACAUAUGCGUGGAUAUUACCGAUGUUGAAGACCCAGUCGUCGAGAGUUCGGAUUUACCGCAACAAGAUACUACGAUGGAGGCAAAAGAAGCGCAUCCCGCACAGAAAUCGCCGUUUCAGUUUGUUAUUCCUCGUUACUCUCUCGUCAAAAGCGGAAAACUUCGUGCAGUUCGCAUCGGAAAAAUCGUACAUGAGCUUCGUAUAGAUACUUUGUACGACUUGCUGCCAUGGACGCUCUACGGUCACAAUACUACAAGAUGUCACCCAAGUGCUAGCGCUAAUAGAUCGAAAUAUCCCAACGACGAGAUAGCAAAAGCAUUGAUUCUGCUACAGCUCUCGUGUCAGUACGCAAACUACUGUGUUGGUGAGCUGAAUCGGUAUUCAAGCAAGCUCGAGAAGCGAAAUCUCAAGCUCAAACGGAAUAUUAACAGAAUCAAGGAACGCCAUAAACUCCUUAAAAAGAAGAAGGUAAACCUGCAACAUGAAGCUGAAGUCUUAAGUUGCUCGCUGAGUGGAAUGCAAUCACUACUGGAGGGUUUGGACCCAGAAACGCUAGCUCGACUGCACGCCGAACACCGCUUUGAACCUGGAGAUGAUUAAAGAUGUAGUUGGCUAGUGUUAUUUGACCCACAAGACUCAGAUUGCCACUUAACGAGCAGUGUACAUUCCUAUAAACUCCCUCACUAUCCCUC